GUGUGUUCCUCUGAGCCGUAAAGAUAGACGUAUAGGGCCAGCAGAUAUAUCGAGAUAGAAGGGUGUGUGGCUUAAAGAGAGACAGGCGGGUUUAGCUCAAUGAUGUGAAACAACAUUUGACAAGGAAGUUACAUCAGGAUCUGUAUGCUCAGAUAAAUAGCUAAGGGGGAACUUUGCACAACUGCUGUGACUUCAAUGUGGAAUGAGACAGGACUUGACGAAAAGGCCCCGAAAUAAAGGCGUCUGUUUCAGGGCAUCAGUGUUUGACUGCACUAAAGGAAGAGAGUGAGAGGGAACAAGCAACAGAGAAAGAGAGCAGGAACAGAAAACAAGACGAGAGGCUGCUUUUGUUCAGUGCUAAGACUGUUACAGAUCUUACUGAAGGCUUCCUGUGUCAGCACCAUGGGAAAGUCAGCCUCGAAGCAGUUUUCUGACGAGGUGCUGCAGUGCCAUAAUGAGUUCAGGAAGACACACCAGGCAUCUUCACUGAAGCUGAGCAGCAAAUUGAGCAAAGAAGCCACCCGCUAUGCUGAAAGUCUGGCUAGCACACGGAUCCUGAAACACAGUGCUGAGUCCAGUAGAGGGAACUUUGGAGAAAACCUGGCAUGGGCUUCCUAUGACCAAUCAGGAAAAGAUGUCACAGACCGCUGGUAUGAUGAAGUGAAACAGUACAACUUCAACCGUCCUGGAUUCUCCUCUGGCACUGGCCAUUUCACAGCAAUGGUGUGGAAGAGCAGUAAUAAGCUGGGAGUCGGUAAGGCCACUGCAUCAGACGGCUCUUCCUUUGUGGUGGCCAGAUACUUCCCCGCUGGGAAUAUCACUAACCAGGGACACUUUGAGAACAACGUCCUCCCUGCUCAAUCUACCACCUAAUGAUGUCUAGCCCCAAAAGUUGACUCAAGCCCAAAGGCAUUUAUUCCUUUUUCCAGAAGAAUCUGAAGUGCCUGCACUGAAGGACACUCAGGAGAGCACCACUUAUUGCCUAGUAGAGAUCCAUACCAACAUAAUGUGGAAUUUAAAAGAUGAAAAUAGCUUUGACUUUUACGAUUUGGAAAGAGACCUGUAUGAUAGUGUUUAGAAUGAACGAACCACUACUGUUUGGCUUUGCUAACAAAACAUUUCAAGUGACUAUGUGGACAGUUUUUAUUUCAAUAACAUUGCCUGUGAAAGUAUUUCAUUCACUAAUGCCAACAUUUCACACACUGAUAAACAUUAUAGCCUCACAUCUACAUUGGAGUUAGAAUGGAAACCAAGUGUAAUGGACAUGUUUUUUUAUUUACUUGUGGUGUCAUUGCUUGUAAUUUAACAUCAUGACUCAACAUGCGUGGUACAAGUUUUUGUUAUGGCCAUUACUUGUCAAAGUAAUGUCCUGGGGACAUUUGUUUUGUACUCUAACCAGUUUUAUAAAAUAAAGUUGAUAAACUGUCAGAAAUGCA